AUGUCCUCGUCGGCCAUUUUGACAUUUGCAUCGAACUACAGCUUAUACUGUGACUUAAUCACGUUCGUACUCGGGUUUAUCGGAAAUAUUCUAAACUUGCUCGUUUUCGUUCAAUUGAAAUGUUUUCGUGAUCAUCGAAUCACGUAUUACUUCAUCAUUGACAUAAUCGCUAUCUUUAUUAAUCGCACGGUUCAAUUGUUUUUUACAAUAUCUACUUCAUUCUAUCAAAAUGAUUUGUACAACAAUUCUCUCAUCGGCUGUCGAGCGCGCACUGUACUCGUGCAAGCGGCAGGAAAUAUUUCGUAUACUAUGGUAUACCUCGCUGCAAUCGAUCAGUACUGUUCAACGAACUAUCGGCCCUGCCUUCGGCAAUUGUUUACAUUUCGUUUCGUUCAACGCGUCAUCAUUGUCACUGUCUGUUUUUGGUUUUCUAUUAAUCUCCUAUUUGCACUGUACCUCGAUGUACAUCCAUUAUAUGGAUGUAAUAUAUAUAAUGAUAUCUGGAGUCAGUAUGUGAUAUAUUUUCACUACCCAGUUCUCAUUGGUAUUUUUCCGAUUACUAUGGCAUCGAUAUUUAGUCUUCUGGCCUAUCAAAAUGUUCGUCGCAUUAUCCGACGACAGAUUCCGAUCGAACGCCGUCGAUUUGAUCAACAGAUUACAGCUAUGGUCUUGAUUCGCGUUAUCUUCUUUCUUCUCUUAUUCACACCUUGGGUUUGCUAUCGAAUCUAUUCGAUCAAUGCAACUACGAACAAUUUCUCUGCUUUGCAAUUUUCAAUUUCCCGAUUAGUUCAAGUUAUUACUAUCUGCUUCGUCAAUGUUCAACAUGGAAUUGGCUUUUAUCUCUACAUCAUGAUAUCAUCGCGGUAUCGUCGUCAAGUCAAGUACGUUCUACGAAAGCGCAUAUGGCAACUUUGCAGAUGCACAUGUCAUAAAGCACCGAAUCGUAUAUUUCCAGACAAUCUUUCAACGGGAUCCAAUUUCGAAUUGCAAUGA